CAACAGCCUCAUUCCUUCCGAUAAAGGUUGUACUAUGUAUAAUUCUACUUGUCAUUUUCCCGUCCGGUACUCUUUUUAAAUAAAUCCCUUUGAAUCUAGCGCUUUGUUCUUUUCUCGUCUUUCUUUCCUACACUCAAUUGGGCAGGCCCCACUUUUAUAUCUUUCCCCACUUCCCGACACUAUCUGAUAGUAUACCAUGGGUGAAUCUUGGUUUCAGAGCGAGAUCCUCAACCCGAGAAGGCUUGUUUUUAAUGUCAUAUUCUACGGCAUCCAAGUCACCCUUUUCGCUCUGGGUUGGUACUUGCAAGCCACUGACACUAAGUUGGCUGCUCUCAAUGCUCUGAAAUGGUCUGUCUGGACAUCGCGUGGUGCUGGUCUCACCCUUGCGUUUAAUGCGGGAUUGCUCCUGGUUCCCAUGCUGCGCAAUAUCAUUCGCGUUGUUCGCCCCAAGCUCGCCUGGCUCUUCCCCGCCGACGAGAACAUCUGGUUCCAUAGACAGGUCGCAUACUCGAUGGCGUUUUGGGCAAUGGUACAUACUACAGCCCAUUAUGUCAACUUUUUCAACGUCGAACGCACUCAGGUUCGUUCGGAGUAUGCGUUGCAAAUUCAUUAUACACAGGCUGGCGGUAUAACUGGCCAUUUCAUGCUUCUGAUCAUGGUCCUCAUGUAUGCCACUGCACACCACAAGAUCCGCAACCAAUGUUUCGAAGCUUUUUGGUACACUCAUCACCUUGCUUUUUUCUUCUUUAUUGGCCUGUACACCCACGCCACUGGCUGUUUUGUCCGUGAUUCUACAAAUCCGGACUACACUUACACCUUUCCCUUCUACUCUACGGAGCACUGUCUUGGCUACGAGAGCUGGAGGUUCACCAUCUGGCCUGGUAUUAUUUAUUUCAGCGAAAGGGUGUAUCGGGAGUAUCGUGCUCGAAGGGCAACAAGGCUGUCCAAAGUUCUUGUUCAUCCUAGUGGAGCCAUGGAACUGCGGAUUAUCAAGCCUAGUUUCAAGUAUACGGCAGGCCAGUGGCUCUUCAUUCAGGUCCCGGAAGUUUCCCAAUGGCAAUGGCAUCCUUUUACCAUCACUUCUGCUCCUGAAGACCCUUACGUGUCCGUUCAUAUUCGCCAGGUCGGUGAUUGGACUCACUCCCUAGGAGAACGGCUUGGCUGCGGUCCAUCUGUGGUUGCUGCAAUGACAAAAGCCGCCAUGAAGGGUGUCGAAAAAGAUGAAACCGAGUACGGCGGCACUCGUGGUGAAUAUGUCGAGCUCGAUCCCGCCACUCUUUCCCGCCCACUUCCUCAAGUUAGAAUCGACGGGCCUUAUGGCGCUCCUGCUGAGGACGUGUUCGACAACGAGGUUGCUGUGCUAAUUGGCGCUGGUAUCGGUGUUACUCCCUUCGCAUCGAUUCUCAAACAUAUCUGGUACCGUCAAAAGAAAGGCAAUCUUGGUUCUCUCCGAAGGGUCGAAUUUUUCUGGGUUUGUCGUGAUGCGCCCUCGUUCGGCUGGUUUCAGACCCUAUUGCAAGAGGUUGAGGAAGCUCAAGUUGACCCAAAUUUCCUUCACAUCAACAUCUACCUCACUCAAAAGAUCGGUGAAGAUAUGCUCUGGAACAUUGCUGUCAAUGAUGCUGGCGCCGAUUAUGAUCCUCUCACACUGCUUCGCACUCGCACCAUGUUUGGCCGUCCCGACUGGAAGAGCAUCUACCGCAGGAUCAGGGAAGCAAUUGAGAUCGGUCAGUAUCUCCCUGGUAGCAGUGCACAAUUGAAGACCAAAGUUGGCACCUACUUCUGUGGUCCAGGUGUUCUUGCGAAAUCUAUCAAGGCAGCAACUCUCAUGCACAGUAGCAAUAAUGUGGAAUUUACGUUUGCCAAGGAGCACUUCUAAAUUUUUGCUGUCAUUGUGCUUUGGUUGUAAUUAGUAUUUUAAAGUUCGUCGUGGAGUCUUGUAUGGUCAAUCUGUAAUGAUACUAUUUUGUCUGUAGUGUGUUUGGGAUGUGUAUGUGUGUAUAUGAAACGUAUGUUUUAUCGGGUAGUUACAGGUAAUUACUCGUUGAACUGUAUCGUGAGGUCACGUCUGAACAUAGCAUCAUGAAUUUUCGCCGUUAAGUUAACA